GUGGGAAAAGGGCGACGAAGGAAGAGCAAGUUUAAUUCUGUCGUCGUUUAUCGCAGACAAGUGAGCGCGUUUUAAGCCACGCAGGCUAUUUAAAUAGUUUCCACGUUUCCCUUUUUUAAACAAUAAUGGACAGUCUCCAGAUUCGAACCAUUCCUGUGACAUUACUUGCACGCAUUCUUUUACAGUUACAUACUAUUCCACAUGAUGAGCAAUUAGACUUACUAGCCCUCAUUGCAGCUGGACUGCACAAGUAUGGACACACAGCUGAUCUAAACGGAUUUUUAAAUCAUUGUCAAAUGACCAGUAAUAACAACAAGCAGAGACAUUGGGAAUAUUAUGAAGUACGGAAUGAGAGAGACUGGGAAAUGGCCAUUCAGAAGAAAUCGCAUCAACUUACUGGACUAAGAUUCCUUCUUGAUUCAGAAGCAGCAAGAAAAGACGUGCAACUUUUAAUACAGGGCAAAGCAGGAUUGCUCAACAGCAAAUGCAGUUAUAACUACAAUGGUCAAUUCAUUCCUAUCGAUAAACUAUUACAAGAUACCAAAGACUAUUUCAAAGAAACACACAACACACCCGAGUGCGCGGUCUUGCAACAGUUACUCAACUUACGACUCGAGCAGUUUGAACGAGAAAUGGCUGAGUUUGAGAAAGAGAGUGUUAGUGUAGACAGUGCAGAGUAUAAUCUAAUGGGUGCUCUCAUGGUGCGGUACGAUGGAACCUCGUGGUGCUUGUACCUUAGAGAUUAUAUAGAGUCGCCUGAAGGUAUAUCAUGGCGAAUAUUAGGCUCUGAUGAAGAAAAGAGAAUUACCUGUGAUCAAGCGUUAGCAGAUAUCCAAGGCACAGAGACAACAGGAGCGUUAACACAAAGCGAAUUUUCAAAAGACUAUAGACCUGUUUACUUAUUUUAUGGCAACCAAGACGUAUUAACGAUGCCUCCGCAAGAUGAGACAGAGCAUGAUAAUCAGCAGACAGCGCCAGAGAAUAAUGACCAUCAAAUCACUUGGGAAGACUUUUCGUUUGAUGAGGAUUACGCCUAUGCAGACUCAGCACAGGAAGAAAAUGCAAUAUGCAUACACUGUGGUAUUGAAGACAUUGUAAAUGACGUUAAUGAUAUAUUUAUCUGUGAAUCUUGCGAAAAUGGAGUACAUCAGCUAUGUGAGGAUCCUCCUAUUCAAAACUACGAAAAGGAUAUUGAUCCUUGGUACUGUCGAGCAUGCUGUCGAGCAAAGAACUUGCCUAUUCCUCAGAUGCCACCACCGCCUUCAGCAAAAAGAAAAAGAGAAGAAGAAGCGGUUACUUAUUUGAAUAAAACAUUAAAACCAUAGAAUCAGAAUGAUAGGAACAGAGAGGAACAGAUAGCCUCUUUAUUAUGAUAUAAAGAAUA